GCGCACGCGCGAUUUCCUGUGCACAUGCGCAGUUCCCGCGGUGCCGGCGCUGCUGCUUCUCUAGGGCUGAGGUGGCGACUCGGGAGCCGGGGGCGGGGCGAGCGGCGCGAUGGCUGAGGGCGGCGGGGAAGUAGUCGCUGUGCCGCCGUCCGGGGCUGCCAACGGCCAGAACAAUGGGGCUGGAGGGGCCUCGGCGCCGACCAACAACCCGCUGUCGCGGAAGCUGCAUAAGAUCCUGGAGACGCGACUGGACAAUGACAAGGAGAUGUUGGAAGCUCUCAAGGCACUCUCAACCUUUUUUGUUGAGAAUAGUUUGCGGACUAGAAGAAAUUUACGUGGAGAUAUUGAACGCAAAAGUUUAGCCAUCAAUGAAGAAUUUGUAAGCAUUUUCAAGGAGGUGAAGGAAGAACUUGAAAGCAUAAAUGAGGAUGUUCAAGCAAUGAGCAGUUGUUGUCAGGAUAUGACAAAUCGCCUACAGGCUGCAAAGGAACAGACUCAAGAUUUGAUAGUAAAAACCACUAAACUUCAAGCUGAAAGUCAAAGGUUAGAAAUCAGAGCACAAGUUGCAGAUGCCUUCUUAUCUAAGUUCCAGCUAACUUCUGAUGAAAUGAGUCUUCUCCGAGGUACUAGAGAAGGACCUAUUACUGAGGAUUUUUUCAAGGCAUUGGGAAGAGUAAAACAAAUUCACAAUGAUGUCAAAGUUCUUUUACGUACAAACCAACAAACAGCAGGUUUAGAAAUUAUGGAACAGAUGGCUUUGCUUCAAGAAACAGCUUAUGAAAGGCUGUACCGAUGGGCUCAAAGUGAAUGCAGAACAUUGACACAAGAAUCAUGUGACAUAUCUCCAGUAUUGACUCAGUCAAUGGAAGCCCUGCAGGACAGGCCUGUUUUAUAUAAGUACACUUUAGAUGAAUUUGGAACAGCCAGAAGAAGUACAGUUGUCCGUGGAUUCAUUGAUGCUCUUACAAGAGGAGGCCCAGGAGGUACACCUAGACCCAUUGAAAUGCAUUCUCAUGACCCUUUGAGAUAUGUAGGAGAUAUGUUGGCUUGGCUCCAUCAAGCUACUGCUUCUGAAAAAGAACACCUUGAAGCUCUCUUAAAGCAUGUAACUACACAAGGUGUUGAAGAAAAUAUUCAAGAAGUUGUGGGACAUAUCACUGAGGGUGUGUGUAGGCCUCUAAAGGUUCGAAUUGAACAAGUAAUAGUUGCUGAGCCUGGGGCAGUUUUAUUAUAUAAGAUUUCUAAUCUCCUCAAAUUUUACCACCAUACAAUCAGUGGCAUUGUUGGAAAUAGUGCGACUACUCUGUUGACUACCAUUGAAGAAAUGCACUUGCUUAGCAAAAAAAUAUUCUUUAAUAGCUUGAGUCUUCAUGCAAGUAAAUUAAUGGACAAGGUUGAACUCCCACCACCUGAUCUUGGACCAAGUUCUGCAUUAAAUCAGACACUCACAUUGUUGCGUGAAGUUUUGGCAUCUCAUGAUUCUUCAGUUGUACCAUUAGAUGCUCGUCAAGCUGAUUUUGUGCAGGUUUUAUCAUGUGUCUUAGAUCCUCUCCUCCAGAUGUGUACUGUAUCAGCCAGCAAUUUAGGCACAGCUGACAUGGCCACUUUCAUGGUCAAUUCAUUAUAUAUGAUGAAGACAACAUUAGCUUUGUUUGAAUUCACUGAUAAACGUCUGGAAAUGCUACAGUUUCAGAUUGAAGCACAUUUGGACACACUUAUAAAUGAGCAAGCUUCUUAUGUUUUAACUAGAUCAGGCCUAAGUUAUAUAUAUAACACUGUACAGCAACAUAAACCUGAACAGGGUUCUUUAGCUAAUUUGCCCAACCUAGAUUCUGUGGCACUGAAAGCAGCAAUGGUUCAGUUUGAUCGUUAUUUAUCAGCCCCAGACAACCUGUUAAUGCCACAGCUGAACUUUCUUCUAAGUGCCACAGUGAAAGAACAGAUCAUAAAACAGUCAACAGAAUUAGUCUGCAGAGCCUAUGGUGAAGUGUAUGCAGCUGUGAUGAAUCCAGUCAAUGAAUACAAAGAUCCAGGGAGCAUUCUACACCGAUCACCGCAACAAGUGCAAACUCUUCUCUCCUGAUUAUCUUCUUUGAAUGUGUUUGCAAAAUAUUGCAUCCCUAAAGGUUUUCUUAUUUUUUUGCUUUGUUAAUUUUUAUUUUGAAAUUUGAUGGUUAGUUUUCAUUGUAUCAUAAGAUGUAUGGUAAGUUCAAUAGUUUCUUUAAUUUAAUCAAAAUAAUGUAGAAAUAAGUUAACAUGUUGACCCGAGUUACUCUUGUUUUAUAUCUGUUUUCUCUGAUCGGUGUUCUCCUCUCUGUUAGCCGCCUCUGCAGCUCUGCAGUCUCUGCUGUAUUCUGGAAUAUAAAUGUAUGGAGAAAAUGGUAUAUGAGCUUGAGGAAUAUUUUUUGAAAGACUAGUUCUAAUAUAACCAUACAUAAAAAAUUUGCCCAAACUUAAAAAUUAAUGAGAGUAUAACCUAAUAAAUGUCUCUUUACCUAAAAAUUCAUUUGCUUUCAUAUUAUGAAUAUGAGCAAAUAUACUUAAACUGAAGAGCAGAAAUAUACACUCAACUAAAAGGGAAAAAAGAAAAGUAAUUUGAAAAGUGAGGAUUUUACUCUGUAUUUCAUGGACUCAAUUUAAGAUGGAGUUCAGAAUUUCAAAUAGAUCUUAGUAAUGUAGGAAUCCUGUGCUUUAUGAAGUCUAGAAUAUAAAAGUAGUUAUUUAUUCUGCAGUGUGGUCUCUAAACCAAUGAACUACAAGUUUUAUGUAGUGUUCAAACCAAAGAAAUAAUAUUCUAACAUGAGGAAGCUAUGCCAGUGUAGCAGUUUCUAAUUGAUGGUAUAUAUGUCUGUUCCACAAAGGCCCCUUUGAAAGAAUGACUUGAGUUUUGACUCUAGAAUUUUACCUCUAAGUAAGAUUCAAAACCACUGUUGCUUUUUUUUUACAAAAUAAAUCUCAAUGUAUUUGAUGUGCGUUUAUGUUCUUAACAAAAUUAUUAACAAAAUGCCAUAAUUUCUGGUAAAUAUAAAAAAAGAAUUAAGUUCCUAACUAAAUUAUAAAUAAGAAAACUAAGACUUAAGGAACAAAACUGACUAGCCUAAAAUAUUUUGAAAAAUAGUAAGAUUAAGUUAAUAUUUAUAGUAGAUUAUUAUAUAACAAAUUUGUAUUUAUAGAACAUGCCUCUUGAUCUGUGUGCAGUUUAUAUACCAAUGUGAUUCUGUUGGUGCAAUACAUAUAAUCUGUUUUGGUAUAAACUUUCAAUAAAGGUUUUUCCUUCAGUAAAUAUGUAUGAUGUAAAAAGUAGAAAAUAAAGUAUGAUAAAAAUCAAGAGCUUAAAAUUUAUAUAAUUCUUACUGUGAAAAAAGAUUGCAACCUUAUUAGUGAAUUGCUUUGUUAUCUAAGAAAAAAGGCUGUUUGACUUUUAGUCUUAAAUUAUUAAACUAGUUCUAGAACAGUGAUGACUGUAGUGUUUGUACAUAUCCUUGAUUUGUUUUAAGAAAAUACUCAUAAAAAAGGAGGUCCGAUAUAGGACCAAUGGAAGACUGAACAGAAUGUAGCGUCAGUAUUAUCUUGAGAACUAAGUAACAUAAAAGAUUAUAAGCAUUAGUACCUUGGCAUAACAUGUAUUUGCUAUAUACUCAUAGUUUGCAUUUUGAACUGUUUUGAUAUAGCUUAAUUAUAACUUUACAUAAUGCAUCCUUUAGAGGAUGGACUGAACUUUUCCAUUCCUUUCCCUUGAUGGGGCCAUCUUACGAGUAUGAUAAGAUACCUCAAUAUGGUUUUGAGUUGAAUUUUUCUGAUGAUAAGUGAUGCUAGAUAUGUUUUCAUGUGCCUGAUGACUGUGUGUAUGUUCUUUGGUGAAGUAUCUGUUUAGCACUUCUGUCCAUUUGUUGAUGGGUUAUUUGUUUUCUUUUUGUUGAGUUAUGUAACUUCUUUUAGAUCUUGGAUUUUAGCCCCUUGCCAAAUGUAUGAUUUUGAAAUAUUUUCUCCCAUUUCAUACAAUGUCUUUUCAUUCUAAUAGUUUCUUUCACUGUACAGAAACUCCCCCCCAACUAUUCCUAUAUUCCUUGUCCCUUUCCCAUCCCUUCUCUUUUAACUUAAAGACCUCAUGAAAGUCCUCAUGAUGUUGGAUAUCCACUGGUUUUUAAAACUGUCUCAUGUCAGUGAAUUGUCUGCAAUGUGAAUGUCUAGUAUUUGUUUUUUAUCAUCUUGGCUAGCUUUACUAUACAUAAUUCUCUCAAAAUCCCUCUAUUUUGUUGAAAAUGGCUACAUUUCAUCCUUUCUUAGGACUCCAUACUGUGGAUGCAAUAAAUCUUGAUCCAGUUAUCUUUCAAUGGAAGUGUAAGCUGUUUCCAUGAGCUAACUGUUGUAAAUAAUGCUGCUUUGAACAUUGUGGAACAUACGGAUUUUUGUAUUGAUGGUUUCAUAUUAUUUGUGUACAUGCAGAAGAGUGGGAUUGUUGGAUCAUCUAGUAUCUUCAUUUUUAGUUUUUCAAGGUAAAUCAGAUUGUUUUACAUAAUGGCUGCGUAGUUUACAUUCCCACCAAUAGCAGUAGAGUUCCUCUCUCUGCAUUCUUUCCAACACUUGUUGUGAGUCUUUUUUUUUUUUUCAAUUUUUUUUUAAUAGAGGCAUUUUUUUUUUAAUUUAUUUAUUUGUUUGCUUUGUUUAUACAUGCACUGGGUACAGUCAGAAGCGCGGGAGGGUGAGAGAAUUCACCAGAGCCCGAGCGGGGAACAGAGCAGGCAGAAGGACUGAAGUACACUGCUGAGGGGAGCAGCGGGCGGCAGGAGAGGUCCGCACGCCAUGUGGGACCCUCCUCAGGUGGCCGGGGAGCAGCCGGGGAUCGAACCUGUGCCGCAGAGGCUGCAGGCAGCUUCGCAACCCAGCGCUCAACCUCUGCGCCACCGGGGAGGCCCUUGUUGUUAGUCUUUUUAAUGUAUUAUUCUUACAAGCAUGAGAUGGCAGCUCAUUGUGGUUUUACCCUGCAUCUCUUAUUGGAAAUGAUUGAUGAACAUUUUUUCACAUCUCUAUUAGCCUUCUGAGCAACCUCUUUGGUGAAUUGUCUGUUCAUAUCUACUGCCCAUUUAUUAAUUUGGUUCUUUAGGUUUUUUUUGUUGAAUUGUUUUUUUUAUAUAUCUUGGAUAAUGGAUUAAUCCUGUAUCAGUUAUAUAUUGUGUAAAUAGAACUCUCCCAUUCAAUAGGGUCUCUUUUAAUUAGCAUGUAUUUUCUUUUGUUGUAUAAAAUCUUUAACUUGAGCUAGUCCCAACUGUUUAUUUUUGAUAUUAGUUUCCUUGCCAUGGGGGUCAAGUCACCAAAAACUGUAUGUGCACUGAUAUCAUGGAAUAUAUUUAUCUACAUUUUCUUCUAUAUACUUUAUUGUUGCAGAUCUUUUUAUAAUAGAUAUCUACCUGUCUUCUCUCUCUCUCUCUAUAUAUAUAUAUAGAAAGAUAGAUAGAUAGAUAGAUAGAUAGAUAGAUAGAUAGAUAGAUAGAUAGAUAGAUAGAGAGAGAGAUAUUAGAUACACCUUUAAUCCACUUGUAGUUUAUUUUUGUGUUUGGGUUUAGUGAGUAAUCCAUCUUAAUUCUUUUAUGUGAUUUUCCAGUAAUUCCAGCACAACUAAUUAAACAGACUGUCUUUUCCCCAUUGUAUGGUCCUGUUAGUCUUUAUCACGCUGGAGUGUACAUGAUUUAAUUCUGUACUUUCGAUUCUAUUCGGGUGAUCCAUGUAUCUAUUUUUGUGCCAAAACCAUGUUGUUUUUAGUAUUGUUGCUUUAUAGUAAAGUUUCAAGUCAGAUAAUAUGAUACUUCUGUGUCUCUCCUUUUUUCUCAGGGUUGCUUUUUCAAUUCAAGGCCUUUUGUGAUUCCACAUAAAUUUCAAUAUUCUUCAUUUCUUUGAAAAGCUGGUGUGUUGAUAGAAUAUUUUAGGCAAGAUUGUCAUCAUGGGAUAUCCUUCUAUUUCCUUAUGUUGCUUUCAAAAUCCUUUAAUAAUAUUUUGUAGUUCUACUUGAAUAGGUUAUUUGCCACCUUAGAUUAAUUCCAAGGUAUUUAGUUCUUUUUGAAGCAAUUGUAAAUGUACUACUCUCAUAAUUUUUUUCUUCUUGUUUAUUUUAUAUUAAAAGGCUAUAGAUUUUUGUAUGGUGACUUUUUAACCUGCCACUUUACUGUAUUCAUCUAUUAUUUCUAAUAAUGUUUUAGUGGAGUGUUGGAUUUUCCAUAUGAGCUAUAAGUAGUGACAGUUUCUUCUUUUCUGACUUGAAUUCCUUUUGUUUCCUGUGUUUUUAUGAUAGCUCUGGCCAAAAAUCUAUUUAAAAAAACUAACAUAUUCUUGGAUCUAGAAAUCUAGGCACAUGUCUAGGGCUGUGUGCCUGCUCAUGAGGAAUACGUGUUCUCAGAAGAACCUCUCACCUCUCACUGACUUUGAGGCUUUGUGCAAGCAGGCAGUGAUGGCUGAAGUAAAGGGAGAAGUUGCCUGGCCUGAUGUUGAUGACAUGACCCUAUACUUACGUAGAACAAUAAAGACUAUGGGUAUUAUUAUUAUUAUUAUUA